AUGGCAGGCACAAGAUCGUCGACGUCGACAUCGACAUUCAUGCUGCCCGACAGCAACCCGUCCAUCCCCAUCACGCACCCAACAUCACUAAGCCAGGACCAGCUGUUGACAUUUCCGGCGUUCAAGACGUGGCUGAGCACGUUGCAAGAGUCACUGGCUCUACAACACAGCCAAAAAGCUCAUCCGUUCCACAAAUCGCCUUAUGCCCUAAGAUCCCUCGACAUCCAGACCGUGGACUUCUUCUCCGGCCACCGCCUGGGGUUCUUGAAAUUCAAAGCCACGGUGACUAACGACCAGGGCGAGUCGUUGCCGGGCUCGGUCUUCAUGCGCGGUGGGAGCGUCGCCAUGUUGAUCGUCCUGACCCCCGAACACACUGCCAACACUAACGCCAAUACCACUACUACUGCACCACAGGAGGAAGAAGAACAAGAAGAAUAUGUCAUCUUGACCCUACAGCCACGCAUUGCCGCUGGCUCGCUGAGCUUCGUCGAGCUGCCCGCCGGGAUGAUCGACGAUAGCGGCACGUUUGCAGGCGCCGCGGCGAAAGAGAUUCGUGAAGAGACCGGCCUCGACUUCGCCACAGAUGAACUUGUCGACAUGUCGCAGUUAGCUGUACAGGCGCAGUCGCGGUCGCAGUUAGAUCGCAACCAGGAGCCAGACCCGAAUGGUGCAGAAAACGACAUGGACGAACCACAUCUCCAAGCCGCGGUCUACCCUUCUCCCGGCGGCAGCGACGAGUUCGUCCCCAUCUUUCUCGUGCGAAAACGCCUCCCGCGGCACGAAAUCGACCAGCUCAAAGGGAAACUGACGGGACUGAGGGAUCAUGGUGAGAAGAUCACGUUGAAGAUCGUCCGGCUUGACCAGGUCUGGAAGGUUGCCGCCCGAGACGGGAAAACUUUGGCUGCGCUGGCACUCUACCAGGGCCUGAGUGGGGAAGGGAGCAUAUGA